CUCCCUCUCUCUCUCCCUCUCUCUCCCUCCCUCCCUUUUUCUCUCCCUCCCUGCUUUCUAACAUUAAAGACAAAAUGCUGCUCUCUGUGCCUUCCAGGCCUGGGAUUACGACUUUUGGCUAUAACAAGAGCAACAAGAAGCCUUAUGUGUCCGUGGCUCAGCAGAUGGCGCCACCUAGUCCAAGCAGCAACAACAUCAGUGGCAGCGGUGGGGGUGGUGGAGGUGACCAGCUGAGCAAAACCAAUCUCUACAUCCGAGGGCUGCAGCCAGGCACCACGGACCAGGAUCUAGUCAAGCUUUGUCAGCCAUAUGGCAAAAUUGUUUCUACUAAGGCCAUAUUGGACAAGACAACAAACAAAUGCAAAGGCUAUGGCUUUGUAGAUUUUGACAGUCCUUCAGCUGCACAGAAAGCCGUGACUGCAUUGAAGGCCAGCGGGGUGCAGGCCCAGAUGGCAAAGCAACAGGAGCAGGACCCUACAAAUUUAUACAUCUCAAACCUCCCAGUGACUAUGGAUGAACAGGAGUUAGAGGGGAUGUUGAAGCCUUUUGGUCAAGUCAUUUCUACUCGAAUUCUUCGAGACACAAGUGGGACCAGUCGGGGCGUUGGCUUUGCAAGAAUGGAAUCCACAGAGAAGUGUGAAGCCAUCAUCACCCACUUUAAUGGCAAAUACAUUAAGACACCCCCUGGAGUGCCAGCCCCAUCUGAUCCUUUGCUUUGCAAAUUUGCUGAUGGUGGACAAAAGAAACGCCAGAGCCAGGGGAAAUAUGUGCAGAAUGGUCGGUCUUGGCCACGAGAUGGCGACGUGGGUGGCAUGGCACUGACAUAUGACCCUGCCACAGCUCUACAGAAUGGGUUUUAUACAGCAUCACCCUACAGUAUUACCCCCAACAGGAUGAUUGCCCAGACCACACUAUCCCCCUAUCUCCCAUCUCCUGUAUCUUCAUAUCAGGUUCACAGCCCGUCUUGGAUGCACCACCAGUCAUACCUCAUGCCGCCUGCAGGCACAGUCCUGACCCCAGGGAUGGACCAUACCAUUUCCAUCCAGCCUGCCUCAAUGAUGGGACCUCUCACCCAGCAACUGGGCCACCUUUCCCUCAGCAGCACGGGCACGUAUAUGCCCACAGCUGCAGCUAUGCAAGGAGCUUAUAUCCCCCAGUACACGCCCGUGCCUUCUUCCAGUGUUCCUGUUGAGGAGAACAGUGGCCAGCAAAGUCAAGUAGCGGUGGACCCUCCAUCUGAUCAUGCGGCCUACUCCUUCCAGUACAGCAAGUAACAGUGGAUGGGCCUGGGUCUGAGAGGACAUCUCUGCUCUCAUCACUGGUGGAGCCUGGGGUUACAAAGCCACCUUUCCUUUGUGCUGCAUUCAAGGAGAUCAGAUUUUGUUUCUUUCUUUUGCAAAGAAAAUGUUUUUUAAAACCACAACAGACUCUACGCAUCCCAAGGAGACCAGCCAGUGACUAGACAUUCAUGUCUCCAAAUGAGAAAGUGUUGUGUUGUGUUGGGAUUUAUUGUUUGGGCUAUUUUAAAUUUUUUCUUUUAAAAAAAAAUGGAAAGCUUUGUUGCCGGGCGUUGGCCAUGGGUUCUUCUUGAUGGGUUUGGUUAUGGACUUUUCUGUUUUUAUUAUUUUGUAGGUUUUUUUUUUAAAGAAAAUAUGCAGUUUUUUGAAUUUUGUUUUGUAAAGCUCCCAGAAUCCGUGCCUGCCCCUCUUUCUGCUUCUUCCCCAAGGUCCAUCCUAACCCAAUCACUGCUUUCUUCUCACCCCGUGCUGCAGAACCUGCCCACUUCGGCUUUUUAAACUUGGUGAUUUUGGUUUUUUUGAAAUGGAAUUUUAUUUUGUGAAUAAGAACAAAGCAGAGCACUACUUGGGCAGUGGAGGGGGUUCUUCCUCCUUCCUCUCGGCUCCUCUCCCCCGCUCACCUGACUCCUUCCUGAGAAAGAACACCAGACUUUGGCUGCAGGGAGGAGAGACAUGUCCUUGGGCGCUCCAGAGACAAAUCUCCCCAGCCCAUUUGGACAGAGACAUGGUUUCCUCCAGAACAUCAGACAAUGAAUUCAACUCUUUCUGCUCUUCUUCUUGCUGCUAUGGGGACACCUCCAUCCCAGGAAAUCCUCUUUGGCUUCAGCUCUUCAGGAAUCCUAACUCUGCUGCUCUGGCUGGCCUUUGGUGCCAUCUCCAGGAAAGGAGCUGUGGGCCAGCCCCUUUUCUCUUUUUCUCCCCACCCCUUUUUGCUGUGCUCAAAGCCCCAACAGCUAGAACAUGUGCUGCCUUCCUCUUCCUCUUUGUCCCUUGCCUCCCCCCCCACUUUCUCUACCAAGCAUGGAUCAGCUGACCAGCUGCUUCAUCUUGGAGUAGACGAUACUGCCCCACAAGACUCGGCAAUUCUCCACCCCGACCCUGGGAUCCACAGUGCCUUCUGAUACCCACCUUUAGGGAUGCUGCCAGGGGAGACCGUUACCCAACCUCUCUGCAUGCACUGAGUUAACAACAAGCUUUGGGUUGCAUGUUAGAGUGUGUGUGUGUGUGUGUGUGUGUGUGUGUGUGUGUGUGUGUGUGUGUGUUGUUUGCAUUUGGGUAAGGAUAGAAAAGGAUACACCAAUCUCUGUGUAGUUCAGCCUGCACUGUCCUAGUGAGCUUGCCCUUCUCCCAGGGUUCUGGGCAUCUGCAGGCAUCUUCCUUCUUCUAAAAGUCCAGCAAGUAUCUGGGCUGGAAACGUGCAAUAACCAUCCCCCAACCCACAUUUCAUCCUUCCUGUGAGGCUAGGACUCCAGGAAAAAAAGGCCCAUGAUUUGCUCUUCCACCCACCUGCCCUCCUCCUACUGCAAAAUUUCUCUCUGUGCCCAGAGAAACAAACAGUGGGAGCAUCAUGCUCCUGCCCACCUCAAGGAACAGGCCUUUUCCUUAUUGCCUUCCUACCCAGAGUCCAGUUUCGUAAUUACAUUGUAGGUUUGUGGAAGGGAGGUUCUGUUCUAGCCCUAGGGACUGGGUCCCCUCCACCUAUGGGGCAGGCUCCUCUGCAUUAGACAAUCAAGGACAGAAAAACAAAGAAGAUUGAUGCAUGAUGGAAAAUCAGGUGUUAAAAUAGGCUGAAGGGAGAGGGAGGGGGAAAGUUGCAGCACCAGUGACUGAGACUCAAUGAGAGGCUCUAGCCCAGGCCCCUCCAGUGGGGCCUUACCCCAAAACUACCCCUUUGUUCAACCUUGGGAGACAUGAUCUUGGUCUGCCCAUCUUCAGUUUCUUUCGGGUGCUUUCUAAACUUGAGGCAUCCUCAGUCCCAGGACAUGUUUGCUCAGAGGGUGCCCCCCUGCCUUUCCUAUGCCUCUUGUCCCCUCUCACCCCAUUCCACUUGUCACUGUCAAUGAGGAGUAAUUCCAGUCCUUGUGCAUUCAGUUAUCCUGUCAGGACAGUCUGGGUGCUGGGGUUGGGGGUAGGGGUAAGGCCCCGGGGAGCUUUUCUUCUUAAGAAUUGGACAAGGAAGACAACAUAACCCCUACCUUGUCUAUGUACUCUUAGGGAAAAAUAAGGAAAAACAAAUCCCGAUAGCUUCAUUUGGGGCACAACUUAAAUGAAACCUGGAGUGGUUGAGGGCAUUGCCUUGUCCGUGAAAGGAAUAUAGGUGCAGUGGGUCUCCCACUUUCCACGUGCAGCACAAGAUGCUGCUGCUCUUCCUCAGUGGAUCCCCCGACCUUGCCCUCACCACUGGUUUGUCUGUUUUCUUAAAUGUUCCCAUAGUGGUGUUUAGGUUCUUUUGAAGAAUCACCGAGUUACUUCUUGAGCUUGCCCUAGUGAAGAUUCAUUGUUCUUAUUGGUUGCUUUUAAUGGUGUUUUCUGGAAGAAGGGUUUGGGGAUCCAGGGGAUUUAGACUAACCAUUGACUUGAAAUUUUUUUGGUGGUUGGUGGUGAUGAUUUUAUUUGGUGCUUUUGAGUUGUUACUCUUGAGAUAUUGGUGGGGAUGGGAGGUGGGGUGAGGGAGGCAGGAAUUUUAUGAGGUUUUUUUUUUUUUCAUGUGAUCAGUUGUGAUAAAGGGUUGAUUGGAGCAGAGAAAUAGGUUGAGGGGAGGGAAAGCCUUCCCCUCACCCCUAAGCCACAAACAGAAGUAGUGGGGACAGCCAAAGGAUGCUCUAAGUCUGAACUCAGGGGCCUGGCUGGUCCUUGCCCCUUAAGGUCCUUAUUUUCUUGCCAGGGGCUGUGGCUGAGGGAUAGGGGUAGAUGCUGGAGGACCUCUGCACAAUCUCCCAUCCUCUCCCUGGGAAGAGUAUGCUCCGUUUCUAUGAUUACAGAGAUGCUCUUAGUAUUUAAAACGUUUUUCUAUGGAUCUUUUUGUGCAUGUGUGUAGGCACACAUUUUUUUUCUUUUUUUUUUUUAAGAAAGCCAAAUAGGAACAUCAGUGAACUGGACAUCCUUUCUUGGGUUGUAGGGCUCCAGCCCUGACUUGGCCUUGCCAUUGUUGUCAUCACUUGUCAUCACAGCAGCUCCAAGCCUGGGGAUGGCGCAUAGGCCAUGUCACUGAGGGAACGGGUGUCGUGUAUGAAAACACUGUGUUGGGGGCGGAAGUGGGGAAGAAAAGGGAAACAUUUCUUUUUUAAGAUUUUGUUUUGUUUAACCAAAGAAAGUUAAGCAGAUCCCGGUCUAGCCUCCUGUCCUCAGAUUCUCAAGGAGAGCCUGUCUGUCAGGGAUGGAGGCACAUGGACUGUUGGAUAAGUGAGGAGAGGAGACUCAGAAGCUAUGCAGGCAACCCCAUUGCUUCUCCCCAUUGCUAAAGAGCAGGCAUCCUCCCUUUGGUGCUAAAAGCUGGUGCUUCCCAUCCCUGAGAUACCCUGCCUCUGCAGUCUAGAGUAGAAGGGAGGGCACUGCAUCAGGCGGAGUCAGAGCUGGCUGCUUCAGUCAGGAUGUGAGAGACGAGGUGGAGGUCAGACUACUCUACGGGGAGGGAUUAGACCAGCUGCAGCUCUUCUGGGAAGGGGACCUUGGUUGUCGUUUGCCAUGGGCCCCACCUGCGGGGGGUGGGGGGGAGGGGGCGGCAUCGUAUCCCAGCCCCUCUGGCUGCACCUACCAAGGGCAGUGGUACCCCUCACUGUCCCACCAUGCCACUACUCCAUAGCUUUGAGCAAUAAAAACAGGUGGUUGUCAUCCCCUUCCCCCUUGCUAGUGA